GCAAACUUUCACAAACAGUCUUCUAUCACUCUCCUUCCAACUUCGACCCAACUGCAUAUUACAAAUACACAUCUCCAUACGUGUAACGCACAUCCUCACAACCCUUAGAGCACUCACUUAAUUCUUCUCUCACACCAUGUACUGCAUCCGUACAUUCUUACCAUUGCUACUCAUGCCCUUUCCGAGUACAGCACCUUACUUUGUCAUACUUUAUGCCAUCUCACUCUAUCGUCACCACCGUCCAUGUGUCUACUGCAUUUUAACAGUCAUCUUAUUGUUUACAACAACCUGUUACUGGGGCGCAGACCGUUGCUGGAUAGAUCUCAAUGGUCUUCGAAUCUUUGACCCGAUACGUCAUAUGGAUGGCUCUCCGAUCUCCACAUUUGGCCUUCAAUUACCUGCGUUUAUGGACACAUUUGAUGAUCAGUUGGAACGUCUAUUGCGGAUUCUUGGAGGUGGAGAACCUAUUGCUAAGGUUAUUCGUGCCGGAUCAGAUUUUGCCGUCAAAUCCACCACCACUGCUGUUAUAGCAGUAUCAACAGCAACAGCAACAGCAACAGCAACAGUUGCAGAUGGAUCAAUAGCAGCGACUGUAGUAUCUUCAACAAUAUCUUCGCCCUCAUCAUCAUUGCCACCCACCCUAAGCUCUGUCGCAGAAGCUGUGGUGGCUGUAUUAUUAUCUGCAGCUGGUGUUGCGAAGUAGUCGACAAACAGCCCCAGUCUGCUACUUCUGCAUUUGUAGACG